AUAUUCUGAUCACACCGUUGACAUUUGACAUUUAGAAAGAAAUAUUUAAUUUAGUACUACAUAAGCUUACGUAGUAUCUAAAUAGUCUGUGCUUAAUAAGCUAAUUUAAGCCUUUGUACAGAAUUAAUGUUAUCUGUAAAUAUCAACAUAAUUUUUAAAAUUUAUUAAAAUAUGGCUUAGUUAGGAACGGAUACAACAGUUUAUGUUAUUCUAAGUCGUAGACAUGUAGAUUUUCUGACCAAACAGCGCAUUGUGGCAAAAUAUUUAUUUAUUCUUGUAUUUCACGCAAAAUAUAUAAUAAAAAAUGAAGCCAGGCAAGAGUGUAGAAACUAAAGAGGAGAUAGCUGAAGUACACAUAUCUGCUCGGUCACCCUCACCGAAGCAUAAAAGUCGACCAAGGUCUAGAUCUGGAUCUCGAAAACUAUCAAACGGGCAUUCGGCUGCUCAAGAUGAAAUAGAAAUCGCUACUGCCGUGGAAGAAACGUCAGCAGAAAAGGGCAAAACAAGGGAAAGCUGGGUGAAUUCGGAACAUGAAUCUCUAGACAUUGAAUUGCCCAUUCAUGACCAAAUAAAGCAAGGUAUCUUGGGCUUUGUUGAGAAGGAGUUUAAAAAAUCCGACAAAAAUCCCUCAUUUGUUUUUUAUUCUCAUGAUCCGAAUGGCUUAGAUGAGAAGGUUAUGAAGGCGUUAUCUAGGCCUACCAGUGGGCAUAAAGAGAAAAGAAGUCCGUCUUACAGAAAAAAGAAAAGACACUCUUCUAAGCAUAGGGAUAGAGAUCUGCAUGAUUUUGAAAUACCUGGAUCUAGUCUAAGUGCUCUAGAAAAAGUGGAUGAUUAUUUAAAGGAAUAUAACAAAGAUGAAGUGGUAACAUUGAGCGGUGAAUUAGAAAUAGAGGCAAAUGAUCUGGAGAACAACAAUGGUAUUGCCAAAGAACCACGACACAAACCCAGGAAAACCAGAAGGAAAAUGAAAGAAGAGAGACAGGACAGCAACUCCAAUGACAGAGAUGUUAGUCCUAAAGUUUUUAAAAGUGGAAAAAAUAAAUCAACUACCAAACCAGCUCGACCAACAGACCUGUCGACAAUGUUGGAAAGCUUGGAAUCAAACAUGACAUACCAAGACCAAUACAUUGACAACCCAUUCUCAUCACCUUCGCCUCUGACAUCACCUAAUGAUGAGAGGCUUGGUCCAUUUGGCUCUCACAGACCAGAGAAGAUAUAUUUACAAGGAGGUGGGACAUUUAGAGCUGUGUCACAAGAUAGAAUAUUGGUGUCUCAGCAAACCGGAGAUGGUGAUAAAUAUCUUAGACUUGGUGAUCUGACACCAUUGGACGUGGCACUAACAGUGCAGAAGUCAUGGAGGAACUGUGCCCCUGCUUGCCAUGGCAUUCUAGGAGGGUUAUCUCUAAUGCAUCUGCUCUUAAUCAGUUAUUCGGAUGGGCUGGAUGCUGGGCAUCUGUCCUUCCAUGCAGUGGUCACUAUGCCUUAUGUGGCUGCGUAUUAUUUUUUCUGCGUGCUAUGCCUGCUAUCUGUUUUAGAUAGACUGGACAUGACCAGCGUGGAUGUAACGCGCGGCCUACAACCUUACUUCCAGCCGAUAGUGUUGGUGGUUCUGUACCUAUCUUGCUUGCUUGUAUGCACGGCAGCCAGGAUGUACGACGAGCUGAUGGUCUACCAGUACACGCCGCUCGUCUCCAAUGUCACCGGGAAUGUCACCAUGCCUACAAUACCAACCUUCUACCACACGUGGACGCAUUUUUCAAUAUGGCGGGCUGUACUCUCCAUACUAGGCUUGGUUUACUUUGUGAUAUCAAACCCACAAGACCUGGUCCAUACUCACCUGAGCAAGCUAUUGCAGUUCAAGCAUUCCCUGCAGAGUAUUGGAUGAUUGUACUGCGAAUAUCUCACAAAAUAUAGCAACAUUGGUCUCAAGGUA